AAUUAAAAGAGUCACUUUCAUUCUAAAAUAUGAUAAUUAAAAAAAAGUUUCGUAUAUAAAAUAACAUAAAAUACCCAAAUGGGAAUUAAUUAAAUAUUGAUACGAGUUUUCAUUCAUGUAUAGGUAUGCAUUACAAGCAUUCAAGGAGUAUGCAUUUUCGCCAAUAAAAUUUGAAUAUUUUGAAGGUCUUAUUUCAUUGGAUAAUUUAUUUUGGUUCUUCGGAAGUAAUUGAAGAAUGGUUCUGCAGGUUACCAAACGGUGCGCUAAGGUCGAAUAUUGCGUCUUAGCCUCAACUAUACAAAUGAAAGUUCGUUUGUAAUUAUUUUUACCCGUUGUUCGUAGCCCGUACGUCCGUGGGUACUCAGAUCGCACCGGUUACACUAUUACGAAAGAGUGAUACCUUCCUUUUCGUGUUAUCUACGCACAUGUUAAGGAUUAAUUUGAUUUUACGAAAAUGAAAUUUUAAAUUAUGUUGCAGUGUUGUAUCGUGUAACAAAUGAAAACUUUUGGAUUUCUUUGAGUUUUUUACAUUCCAGCCACAUUAAUUACUAAAGAAAGUGCUGAAGUAUAUUUAUGAAAUGAAAAUGUCACUUAACAAACGAAGAUAAUGCUUCAUUGUUAUUCCCGGCAAUAUACAGAUUUUCCAUUUUUAAAAAUAACACGUUUAUGAGUCAAUAUGUAGUCAUUUAAGUAAAAGUUGUACAUUAAGGGAUUUUUAAUGCUAUUUGGAAAAAAGCUUCGAACAAAUGUUCCAUUUCCCACAGAAUGCUAAAGCAUAUGCUAAAUACAAAUGGCAAUGUGGGGAACCGAGCCACCCGGCAAGAUAACUCCAUCGUUAUGGAACCGCGGUAUGACCGCAGCAAUCAAAGAUUUCGUUCACCUGCUACUAACGGUUUAAGGGUACAUUAUCCCCUUAAUGCUUCUCAGUUGUCACACGUUUCAAACGUAGAUGCUUCUAAACAUUCCAUAAUCGGAAAUUCAUUUGUUACAACUGAAAACAAAACUUUAAAUGGAGGACUGAAUAUUUCUAGAGUGUCAACAACUAAACCCAAUAAUAGUCAUCCCAGCAGUGAUAAUAGUUCCAAAUAUAGAACUAAACAGCUUGGAGUUAAAGAAUUGUUAAUAAGUCUAGGACUGUUAUGCCUUGUUAGCUUACUAUUAGCUUUACUUUCUUUAAUAUUUCUUCUUAAAAUAUCACCAGUUACUGCUAAUGAUAUCAGAGAACUUUUACGAGCGGAACAGUUGACUCUAAUAACUGCUGAAGAAUAUGUAGUUGUAUAUGAAGUUACUUUAGCACUUUGUGCAUUAACGUUAUCUCUCAAUUUAUGCUGCCUUUUGGUGUGUGCUAUCCAAUUUCUGUUUGCUGUUAAAUUAGUAAAAAGCCGACAUGGGGGAAAUGAAAGAACUAACAAAUAUUUGAGAAAAUCGUCCAUCAGUAGAGUAUGUGCAGUCGGUGGAUUCUUUAUUUCAAUACCGGUGUUUUUAACAGGUAUAAUACUUUAUACAUUCAUUCAAUUCCAUUCUACACCAGCGAUUGUAACCAGUGUGUUUAUUGGUUUAGGAAUAAUUUUUUGUGGUUGUGCUAUGGUGCAUAACGUAUUUAUAUGGCAAAAAGAAAAAACAAAUGCCGUAAAAGAAAUGGCGCUCCAACAAAGCGAACAAACAACCACGCAAAACAAUAUAUUUUUUAACAAUAUUGUACCCCUUAACCAGUCUCACAUUACUACUCAUCAACCGAGUAUAUUGCAAUCCACCCUUCAGAUUCAUCCAAGUAAUGGGCCUUACACCCUUCGACCUGCAGCUACCCCUUCGCAUGUUGAAAAUAUUAAUUUAACAUCUCAUCGGCAAGAAGCUAGUGGUAGUAUUAGUCCCGGUAUACCAACAGCUACCAUCGACUUAAGUAGCGUUGGUACCACCAAUUCUCCACAUGAAUUAUCUACUUUAGUUUAAAGCCCCACCAUUGCCUGUUAUUUUUUAUUUUCGUGUUUUUUUGAAAUUGCCGUAUUUUUUGUAUUGUAAUUGAAUAACUGGUAUAAUCAUUGUUUUUCGUAUUUUCUUGCCUUCUUGGCAACAUUUAAAACUUAGUUUUUUAAAUAAAAUAUUUAUUUCUUAUUGUAAAUAAUGUAGGGAAGUUUCUGCGGUUAAAGAGUUGAUUAUUAGACUUUACCUCAUAUUUAUACACCCUGUAUAUAUCAUAUAUAAAAUUGUAAAAAUAAGUUAAAAAGACUGCCCACUACAUUAUAUAUAGUUUUUACUUUAAAAAGCUAAUCAAAAUGAUUUGUGAUGCGAAUAAAAAAGUGCCUUCACCUGAUAUUUAUACUUCACCUAUGGCUUUAAAAUACUGAAAGUCUUAGCUUAAGAUUUGAAUUGUAAAUAUUUUUUUAUGUAUUGUUACAGAUUGAAUUUUACAUGAAUUUUAUAUUUAUUCCAAAACGUGCACAGCACGAUAUCUGAUUCCUUAUACCCUUAUGGGGUUAAUCAUAAAGUCAAUACAAUUUUGUUAAGUUAACACAUUAUUGGUUAAGAACUAUUUUUUUAGACAUUAAGGCAUCAAAUUAAUUUUUACGCGACUUUCCACUAAUAUUAUUUUUAUAGAGUCUAACUCCAAAGUGUAUAGGUUUAAUAAUGCCUAAUUUACAAUUUAUUCUUGCCUUAUGUAUAGUACAAAACUUAAUGUAACAACGGUAAAAAGGUCAGAAUUGAGAUUUUAAAAAUUUCCUUUAGACGCAGAUAAAAAUGUACCUGAAUUUAAAACAAUAUUUUUUCAAUAAAUGAAACAGCAUCGCCCAAUUGCAGCCUGUAUAAAAUAUUGUUGACUUUGUGAAAGAACAGUUACAAUAAAAUAGCAAUCAUUUUAAA